AUGGCUUCAUUGAGUGUUGAUAUUGACGGUGCGAAUGCGGAUUCCUCUAAUGAGACCAAGACUGGAAUCGACAUGAACGGAUACCGAAAUGACGAUGCUAGUAUGAUUGAUACAUUGCGGAACGGUUCCCAUACUGUGAUCAGUGGCAAGGAAGCUUCUGCCACUGAAACACAGGCAAAAUUUGCUUCCCCGAAGCCCAUAGCCAUUUGUGGCAUGUCGAUACGCCUUCCUGGAGGCCUCCACUCACCACAACAAUUGUGGGACUUCUUGGUUGCCAAAGGCGAUGCACGUGGCCCAGUGCCUAAGUCCAGAUACAAUGCUACUGCCUACUACUCCGACAUAGCGAAACCCGGCAGCAUCAAUACCGAAUAUGGAUACUUCCUCGAUGAAAGCAUUGAUAUUGCUACCGUCGACACCUCUUUCUUCACUGUGGGAAAGUCAGAGGUGGAACGGAUGGACCCGCAGCAGCGGCAAAUGCUGGAAGUUGCUAGGGAGUGUAUGGAAGACGCUGGUCAAACCAGUUGGAAAGGACGGCCAAUCGGCUGCUACAUGGGCAGCUUUGGCGAAGAUUGGGUUGAGAUCUUUGCCAAAGAGAACCAGCAGUAUGGUUUGCACCGUGUAACCGGAUACGGAGACUUCAUGUUGUCCGACCGCGUCUCGUACGAGAUGGACUUGAUAGGGCCAAGCAUGGUGGCUCGUACUGGCUGCUCAGCAGGCCUUGUUGCACUGCACGAAGCAUGUUUGGCAAUAUCCAGAGGUGACUGCGAGGGAGCCAUUGUUGGCGGCGCCAACUUGAUAAUGAGCCCAGGCAUGACCACUGCCAUGACGGAAAAGGGUGUUCUUUCACCUGAUGGCUCUUGCAAAACCUUCUCUGCCGAUGCUAAUGGCUACGCUCGGGGCGAAGCAAUUUCCGCUAUUUUCAUCAAGCCUCUGGCCGAUGCCAUUGAUGAUGGCAACCCGGUUCGAGCUGUUAUCCGGGCGACAGCAUCAAUGAACGACGGAAAGGGUACUGCUAGUGGUAUCUCAGUUCCUAAUGAUAUUGUCCAAGAAGCUAUGAUCAGACGCGCAUAUGAGCUGGCGGGCAUCACAGAUUACUCCAAGACCGCAUUUGUCGAGUGCCAUGGCACAGGCACGUCAAUCGGAGAUCCUAUUGAAGCCAGAGCAGUCGGCCGUGUCUUCGGCCCCUCUGGCGGAGUUCACAUCGGGUCUGUCAAGCCUAACGUUGGCCACUCCGAAGGUGCUUCAGGCCUCACGUCGCUUAUCAAGUCAGUACUCUCCUUGGAACACCGUAUGAUCCCUCCGAACAUCAAAUUCAAUGAGCCAAAUCCCGAUAUCCCGUGGAAUUCCUGUAAAUUAUCCGUUCCCACGGAGCCGAUACCUUGGCCUGAGUAUCGGGGGGAACGAAUUAGUGUGAACUCCUUUGGUAUCGGAGGUACCAACGCCCACGUCAUUCUGGAUUCCGCUCAUAGCUUUGGCAUCUCUACCAUUCCCGAACGGCGUACCGCGUCGCCGCAACUGCUUGUCUACUCGGCCAACAAUGCCGAGUCUUUGAAAAGAAUGAUCACCACAUACAAAGCCUAUAUCCAGAAGAAUCCAGACAGGGUUAGUGACCUAGCGUUCACUCUAGGCAACAGAAGAGAAUCCUUGCCCUAUCGCGCAUUCGCUGUGAGAAACCAACUUGGUAUGCUUACGUCUUCGGCGCCCUCAAAAUCUGGCGAAGCACCCAACAUCGUGAUGGUAUUCACCGGCCAGGGUGCUCAAUGGCCGCAAAUGGGUGGGUUCAUGAUCCAUAGCUCCUGCUAUCCUGCAUUUAAGAAGACCAUCCGAUCUCUCGACGCACAUCUAAAAACUCUCAAACAUACUCCAGAAUGGAACAUUGAAGAAGAGCUCUUGAAGGGACCCGAGACUAGCAGGCUGAGCUCGGCCGAGCUUUCUCAGCCUCUAUGUACGGCACUUCAACUUGCUCUGGUCGAUACCUUCGCUUCUGUUGGAGUUCAGCCCGCUGCUGUCGUAGGUCACUCUAGCGGCGAGGUGGCUGCUGCUUAUGCUGCCGGUGCCAUCACGGCCAAUGAAGCCAUCACGAUUGCUUUCUACCGUGGCCAGAUCACCAAACUGCAAACUAAGCCUGGGGCCAUGGCAGCUAUUGGUAUGGGCUCCGAGGAUGUCCAGGAAUAUCUACAGCCUGGAGUGAUUCUAGCCUGUGAAAACUCGCCUAAGAGUGUUACUAUAGCUGGUGACACUGAGGCAGUUGGUUUCGUGGUUGCUAGGAUUAAAGAGACCCGCCCCAAUGUCCUGGCAAGACAGCUGCAGGUCGAUAAGGCGUACCAUUCUCACCAUAUGGCUGAGAUAGGUGACAACUACUAUGCUUUAAUUGAACAUGAAGUGUUUGCCAGGACCCCGACAAAGCUUUUCUUCAGCAGUGUGGAGCAUAAACUGUUUACUGAACAGUCCAGCUUUGGCCCAAAAUACUGGCAGAAAAACCUAGAGUCCCCGGUGCUCUUCCAUUCGGCUAUCACAUCCAUUAUUCAUCAUAAUAUUGGAAAGAAUAUGGUAUUCCUUGAGCUUGGCCCUGACUCGGCCCUUGCGGGGCCCUUGCGACAAACCCAGGCUCAGCUUUCCAACUCUUCGCCUUAUGCCUCAGCAUUUAUCCGUAAUCAAAACGAUGUGGAAUCGUUCCUAAAAGCCAUCGGACAGCUUUAUGUUCUCAACGCUGUUCCCAAUUUGAGAAAGGUCAUUACCGAGGGCUCUACUCUGCCAGAUCUCCCAAGAUACCCAUGGGAUCACUCAAAGAGGUUUUGGUAUGAAUCUAGGCUAAGCAAGGAGUGGAGAAACCGCCAACACAGGUAUCACGAUCUUUUGGGUGUUCGGGUCACGGAAAGUCUCGACUUUGACGUUCUUUUCCGAAAUCUCUUCCACUUAGACAACACACCAUGGAUUCGUGACCACAGAGUCCGCGGCGAUAUUGUCUUCCCUUUUGCCGGCUAUGCUGGGAUGAUCGGUGAGGCUGUGCGACAGAUUACCGGAGUCAAUGAGGCAUUCAUAAUGCGCAACGUCAGCAUUAGCACUGCUCUUGUUUUGAACGACGGCCCGCCAGUCGAAAUAAUGACUACACCACGUCGCCAUCGAUUGACCGAUUCACUCGAUAGUGAAUGGUGGGAAUUUGCUAUCGCAUCUCACAACGGAACAAUUUGGACUAAGCACUGCUCUGGCGAGGCCAGAUCACAUUGCCAGGACUUGGGAGAUGCCAAGAAGAAUGCCCCACUCGUGCGCAAGGUCGGCACCCGGCGUUGCUACGAGUCUCUAGCUAAGUCUAGUCUCAAUUAUGGGCCAACCUUCCAACGUCUUGAUGAUGUUCGCUCAGACACUGUUAGUCAAAAUGCGACAUCAGAGGUUGUUGCAAAGAAUACCGAUGGCAAGGACUACCAUCUUCAUCCGACGAUUAUUGAUGCUUCACUACAGCUGCUUAGUGUUGCUGCAUCUAAGGGCUAUGCUGAGCCAGCAACGAAGAUAGUGGUUCCUACCAACAUUGAAGAAAUUUGCAUCUAUCGCUGUUAUGAGGAUGUACAGGCCCAGGCGUCCGCAUCCUACACGCCAAAUGGUUCCAUCGUUGGUAAUGCACAGUUUAUCGCCAAUGGCAAAAUUGUAUUGCGCAGCUCUGGAAUAAGACUUUCCGUUCUAGAUGAUCAGCAAUCCGGUAAAACCGAGGAAGCCACUGCUCGCAUAGAGUGGGGUCCCCAUAUUGAUUUUCUGGAUUCGAAAACUCUUAUCAAGCCAUUAGUUGACCGCAGCGACCAUAUGCCCCUCUUGACGGAGCUGUCUCACAUGUGUAUGAUUCAUACACAGCGUAUCAUUGCAGAUUUGAAAACUUCAAUAAGCCACAUGCACAAAUACCGAUCAUGGAUCGAUCACCACCUUCGGUCUGUCGAUGUUAGGCAUCUCGAAAUCCUUGAUAAUACUAGUAUUGAAGAGCGAGUCGAGCGCAUUGUGCACGAACUGUCGCGAACCUUAGGUGCUCAUCCUGCCAUAGCCAUACAAAAGGUUCUUGGCAACGCCAAAAGUAUCUUCACCGGUGAUGUGGAAGCUCUAGACCUCCUUCUGUCAGAUGAUACAUUGACAAAUCUUUACCUCUCUACGGAUCAGGCCGAUUUGUCACAGUUCGUCAAGCAUCUAACUCACAGCAAGCCCAAUCUGCGUGUCCUCGAGAUUGGUGCCGGAACAGGUGGAGGCACUGCCAAUUUUCUGAAACUGUUGACACCUGGUGACAGAACCCUAUACUCGAACUACACCUUCACUGAUAUUUCGUCUGGCUUCUUCGUUUCUGCUAAGGAGCGCUUCAGUGCGUAUUCAAACAUGGAAUACGCUACUCUCGAUAUUAGCAAGGAUCUCUUUGAGCAGGGUUUUGAUGGUCGUAAGUACGAUCUCAUCAUGGCGACCAACGUCAUCCAUGCCACCAGGUCUCUCAAUGAAAGUUUGAGCAAUGUACGGGAACUGCUCCAUCAAGACGGCCGGUUUCUACUCCACGAACUGACCCCGACUUCCAAAUGGGUUAACUACGUCUGGGGAACUCUAGCUGGAUGGUGGUAUGGUGAGGCAGACGGCCGGGCAGACGAGCCAUACGUUACCGUCGAACGCUGGACGACAGAGUUAAAGGUUGCUGGAUUCUGCGCUCCUGAGGCUGCAGUUCUUGAUUCAGCGGAACCAAAUCAACUGAACGCCAUGAUCUUGGCGAGACCAGCGAUAGGCAAUGAUUCAGACAAACGCGUUACGCUUCUCACUCUCCCUGAGUCAGAACACGUGGACUGUAUCUUGCAGGGUCUGGGGAACAGGGGGUACGCCGUUCACCGUUGCGGACUGCAGGACAUUCCCUUGCCCGAAGGCCAAGAUGUGAUCAGCUUGCUUGACGAUGAUGGUCCCUUUUUUGAAAACAUGGAUGAUCAGCGAUUUAGAUCUUUCAAAAAUUUGGUAGAAAACUUGAAAGGCUACGGCAUUCUCUGGGUAACCCCUCUUUCGCAGAUCCAGUGCCAGGACCCAAGAUUUGGACAAAUUAACGGUAUCGCCAGGACACUUCGCUCUGAAAUGCUGGUCGACUUUGCAACUUGCGAGGUUGAUCAUGUCGUUUCCUCGGUAGACAGAAUCAUUGACGUGCUUGAGAAAUUCCAGAUUCGUCAAGAGGACCACACUCUCAAGCCUGAGUUUGAAUAUGCCGUUGUCGAAAAUACUGUCCACGUUGGACGAAUUCAUUCGUUCUCCAUUCAGAAUGAGCUUUUGACGUCGGAUUCAAGUGAUGGCAUUGCUCUUUGUAGUAGUAGGCCUGGCCGCCUUACUGCUUUACACUGGACUCGACAGGAGAGUAAAGCGCCGAAGGGUGACGAUAUUGAAGUCGAAAUACAUGCCACCGGCCUGAACUUCAGGGAUGUUUUGUGCGCCAUGGGCAUUGUUGAAGCCUCAGAAAACGGCUUCGGUCUUGAAGCCGCUGGCAUUGUCCGUCGCACGGGUCCAAAAGUUGAUAGCCUGAGUUCUGGCGACCGCGUUAUGCUCAUUGGAAACAGCACUUUUGGGACACAAGUGACUGUCUCUGAGAACCUCUGUGAGAGGAUUCCAGGUGGAUUAAGCUUCGAGGACGCGGCUACCAUGCCUUGCGUGUUUGCUACAUCGAUCUACUCAAUCUUCAACGUUGGAAAGCUGAAAAAGGGACAGUCCAUCCUAAUUCACAGUGCCUGCGGUGGAGUUGGCCUCGCUACAAUCCAGCUUGCCCAGAUGGUUGGUGCCGAGAUUUAUACAACAGUCGGUAAUGAGGAGAAGGUCAAGUAUCUCAUGGACACAUUUAGCCUACCCCGAAACAGGAUCUUCAACUCUCGUGACACCUCGUUUGUCGAGGAGGUCAUGAGGGAGACAAAUGGUGAGGGCGUCGAUUUGGCACUGAACUCACUGUCUGGCGAGUUGUUGCAUGCCACUUGGAAGUGUAUUGCAGAGUUUGGCAAAAUGGUCGAGAUUGGCAAGCGAGACCUGAUUGGCUCUGGUAAACUUGACAUGAGUCCUUUCAUCGCCAACCGUAACUACUGCUGCGUUGACUUAGAUCAGAUUUGUCUCAAAAGACCGACUAUUGCAAAGCAGCUACUUGAAAGAAUUGCCGACUUACUUAGGGAGCGCCAUAUUCAUCCCAUUCGACCCAUAAAGGUUUUCAACUCUCAUGUUAUCCUUGACGCUUUCCGUUAUAUGCAGCAAGGUGUCCACCUGGGCAAGAUUGUCAUUUCAAUGCGCGAUGCUGCUGGCCAGAUCAAACUAGAAGGAUAUGUUCAGCCUCGAAAGAAACCCAUCUGCUUCGAUAACUCCGUCGCAUACCUGCUUGUCGGUGGCCUCGGAGGUCUGGGUCGGUCGAUCUCAACGUGGAUGGUGCAACGCGGAGCCCGUCACCUUAUUUAUCUUUCCCGAAACGCGGGUACACAUAAGAGGCAUCAAUACUUUGCUCAAGAACUUGCCAGCAUGGGAUGCCGCGCCGAAUUUGUUCAAGGGAGCGUUUCUAGGCUUGAAGAUGUGAUCAAGGCCGUCACACGCGCUCAAGGUCGGCUUAAAGGUAUCUUGCAGAUGUCCAUGGUGCUUUCCGAUCAAGGCUUCGCCCGCAUGACCUUGGAAGAGUGGAACAUGGCUGUUGAUCCUAAGGUCAAGGGAACAUGGAAUCUCCAUAGUGCUUCCAUAUCUGCCAACUCGGACCUUGACUUUUUCAUUCUUUUCAGUUCUCUUUCUGGUAUCGCUGGACAGCCCGGUCAAACCAAUUAUGCUGGUGCCAACACUUUCCUGGACGCAUUCUCUCAGUACCGAUUAAAUCUAGGACUACCCGCCUGUGCCAUCGGAAUUGGUCCCGUCGACGGGAUCGGCUACGUCGCUGAGAACGAGUCCAUUAUGCAGAAGCUCAAGGCAACCGGUAACUUGGGGGGUAGGGUCUCGGAGUGCGAGCUUUUUGGGGCGUUGGAGGGAGCCAUGAGAUCGACGUGGAGUAAAUCACAACCAUUCGCCUCACACAACUUCUGCCUUGGAAUUCGCUCCGGCGUGCCCCUGAGCGAUCCUGAAAAUCGUUCCCUUUGGAAGAAAAACGCGCAAAUGGCCGUCUUUCAUAACGUUGGAGAGACUCACAGGAUGUCAGGUCCUGCCUCCAGUGACGGCCUGAAUUCCUUCAUCGCCACCGCCAAACGCAAUGCGGCUUUACUGGGUCAGCCUGAGUCUGCUCAUUUGCUGGCCGUCGAGAUCGGCAAGAAGAUGUUCAGCUUCUUGCUGAAGCCAGAAGAAGACUUGCACACGUGGUGCUCUUUGUCUGACCUGGGAAUGGAUUCCCUCGUGGCGAUUGAGGUGAGACAGUGGUGGAAGACGACUUUCCAUUUUGAUAUCACCGUGCUUGAAAUGAUGGGAAUGGGCACUCUUGAUGCACUUGGAGAGCACGCUGCUAAGGGCAUGCUCACAUUGUUUCAUGGUGGUGAUAUCUAG